AGCGUGGAUUCAAGUGUGCGACCAAGUCCGCGGCUUUCAGGCGGUCAGGAUGCAGGAGAGGAAGCGUAUCGCGGAGAGCAGUGGUCGGUGAGAGUUGCAGCUCUUCGAUCCAUAGUGGGCUUGGCGUCCCAGCAUGGACCGUACCAAUCUGAACGAUAUACACCUCCUGUUGUCACAAUGUCACCAGUCCUAGAGAAAGUGUGUAUGUGUAUAUGCAGUUCGCCUUGCCUGACGGUGCCGUUCAUAGUGUGCAUUGCAACACAUUGAUUUGAAUCGACGCGCGGACCGCGGCACGGCGGGCCCUUUGAGUCUCAUCGAUAUCGAUUGUAUCACAAAAGCAAUGAAUCCCAGUCGAUGAGCUUUUUAGCUUGUCCACCAUGGCCGCAUCUCGAGCUUUGCAGAACCCCGACAUCUUAUACGAAACAUUGAACCACUGUUCACUGCACCAUAGCAGCACCAUCGCACAAUGCGCUCGUGUCAACAGGGUCUUCUGGGAUCACGCCGUGCCCAUCCUGUGGCGAGAGAUGCACAGCAUCCUGCCGUUGCUCAAGGUUAUGCCAACCCUCCGGAUGUUGUAUGCGGAAGAUGUCCACAGUGGGCCCAUGUUUCGCAUUACGCGUCUUCAGCCUCACCUUGGCGAACCGCAGCCGGAGGAUCUUCGUCGCUUCCAGCAAUACGCGGAGAGCAUACGAAUCUUCUACGCGAGCUGGUAUGAACUGAAAACAUGUUCAUGCGUCCUACAAUCUCUGUCACGAAUGUUCGGAAAGCAGACUCUGCUUCCUCGACUGCAAUCACUGGAAACCUUUAUCUUCGACGAUGCCAUUACCGGAGACGACGUCCCAGAUUCCCACAAAAACGUUGUCGACGCCGUACUCAAGCAAGUGGCUGCUACAGCAGAAAACCUACGAGAACUGUCCCUAAAAUCUUGGCGAACGCCAUGCACCCUCCUGCCCUUUGCCGCAUGCUGUGAGCUGCGCAAGGUGGAGAUUUCAGUGCAGAGGUUCACAGGGCAGAGCACGCACACGCACAACCUAUCCGCGCUGAGCUCGUUGUCAAAUCUCACCGAUCUCACUAUCCGCCCCAUCUCCCAACUUGACCCCAAUGGGCUCCAGGCGCUUCGGGGUCUCCACGCCAUCGAGGCCCUCACCUUGGAAGGACUUGCACCAGAGUUGGCAGACAUCAUCACAACCGUCAGCCAGUCGAACUGCACUAUACGUACGCUGUAUAUCGGCGCCUAUCGCAUAGGUCUUACGGCCGAGGACAUGGCACAGCUGACGGAGGCCAUCCGCUCUUGCUUCCGUGCAUCACUGGAAAACGUCACGGUCAGGGCAUACCGCUCUAACCUCGGCGACGCUGUAUCUCGCCAAGAUCUUGUGCGACCACUCCUCGACAUCGACAACCUCCGCGUCGUCACAUUGGAGAACUUGUCCGCCGCUUGGGCCAAUGAAGAUCUGCGUGCGAUGGCCUCGGCGUGGCCACGGCUUGUCUCGUUGAGCAUCCAUUGGAGAAGAUCCGACAAGGUCAAUAUGAGCCUAGAAUGUCUUCCUGGCAUCGCUCGUGCCUGUCCAUGCCUGCGAUCACUACAUGUUCAAAGCAUGAAGUGGACGUGGCAGGCGAGCCUCGACAGCUACCCUAUUCUGUCCCACCGUCUCGAGUCCUUCGCGGUGUUUGAAGAUGAAGACGAAGAUGAAGACGAAGAUGAAGACGAAGACGAAGACGAUACGGAAAUUCGCCCCACGCCUGUAGCAGAAACAGCGCUUUUCCUCGAUCGUCUGUUCCCCUAUCUGGACGUGAAGACAGCUCCGCGGAACGCAGAGGGAUCUUGGACUGGGCAGUGGAGUUCGCAAUGUCGCAAGGUCUUCGAACACAUCAGCAUCCUUCAGAUAGCCAGGAAGCAGGAGAGGUACCGUUUGGCGGAGAGUCACGCGUGA